AUGGUCAGCAGCCUUGCCUCAGAUCAAGAAUCUGUCGUAGCUCCUCACCAACUCAAGCGUGGUCUUAAAGCCCGUCACAUCCAAAUGAUUGCCCUUGGAGGCACAAUUGGUACCGGUCUCUUCAUGGCCUCUGGUAAGGCUAUUAACACUGGUGGCCCUGGUGGUGCAUUGGUUGGCUACAGCAUUGUCGGUCUUCUUGUCUUUGCUGUCAUGAUGAGCUUGGGUGAAAUGGCCGCACACAUCCCAAUUGCCGGCAGUUUUGCUCACUUUGCUACACGAUUCGUUGAUCCUUCCCUUGGCUUCUGUGUCGGUUGGGUCUACUGGGCCAACUGGGCCGUUGGUGUUGCUGUAGAACUUACCGGUGUUGCUAUCAUCAUGGAAUAUUGGGUUAAAAGCGUCAACAGUGUCGUUUGGAGUGUCAUCUGUUUAGUUAUCCUUGUCGCCAUCAACGUCUUUUCUGUAAAGGGCUAUGGCGAAAUCGAGUACUGGAUUUCAUUUGUCAAAAUCUUGACUGUUAUUAUCUUUAUUAUUGUCGGUCUCUGCGUUGAUACUGGCGCUGCUGGUGGCGUCAACAUUGGAACAAGCAACUUCCAUUUACCCGGCGGUGCCUUCCCUGGUGGCUUCCUUGGCGUAUUCAACGUCUUCUUGACCGCUGCCUUCUCAUUCAAUGGUGUCGAAAUUGUUGGUAUCACUGCCGGUGAAUCUGUAAACCCCCACAAGACUGUCCCCGCUGCAGUCAAGCAGGUUUUCUACCGUAUUGUACUCUUCUACGUCCUCUCCAUUCUCGUCAUUGGUCUUGUCAUCCCCUACACUGACCCUCGUCUCCUCAAGGGUGCCAAUGAUAUCACCGUCAGUCCCUUCACCCUUGUCUUCCAAAAGGCUGGUGCUGCCUGGGCUGCUGAUCUCAUGAACGCUGUUAUUCUUAUUACCAUGAUCUCUGCCGGUAACUCUGGUGUAUACUCUUCCAGUCGUACCAUGCUUUCCCUCGCUGAGCAGGGUUACGCUCCUCGCUUCUUUACCCGUGUCAACCGUUGGGGUAUUCCCAUAUGGUCCGUCCUUAUUUCCUGCGCCAUCGGCUGUCUUGCUUUCCUUACCAGCUUGUUCGGCUCCGGUAUCGUCUUCACCUGGCUCACUAACCUUACCUCGGUUGCUGGUCUCAUCACCUGGGUUGUUAUUUCCAUUACUCAUAUCCGCUUCCGUCAAGGUUAUCUUGCACAAGGACGUUCUCUGUCUGCCUUGCCUUAUGUUGCUCCAUUCUUCCCUAUCUGCGAUAUCUUUGUCAUCGUUGUCGGAACCAUCAUCAUCUUUGGUCAGGGCUACUCAACCUUUAUGGCACCUAUUAAGGGCAGCAACAUCGUAGCUUCUUACAUCGGUUUAAUCUUUGCUUUCGUUCUUUACGUUGGCCACAAGGCCUUCCGCCGUCCUUCUUUUGUCAAAGCAGUUGAUAUGGACUUUGAGACCGGAACAAUCAAGGAAGGUGUAUUUGAUAUCCGCGAUGCCGAAAAGGUUGACAUAAAUGGUGUUCCUCUUCCUCUUUGGAAACGAGUUGGCAACAAGAUAUUCUCUAUCUUUGCCUAA